CGCAAUCCGCCCCGGCCACACUACCUCGGCGUCCUCCUUCUCUCUGUCCUCUGCUCAGUGGCGUCUCCAGAAAUUUCGUCACCAUUGACGUCACUGAGCUCUCUUCUCUCUGCUCUCUUUCUCUCUCUCUCGUCGCCUCUUUCUGUCUCGCUUUCGUCCUUGCCAUGUUCUACCCAUAGAUUCCACUGCAAUUUCCAGUUGGGUGCUGAACCUGAGCUGCGAUUACGGAAGCAUUCGAGUCCGAUUCCUGGAGCAAUCUCAUGUCGUCUUCCUCCCGGCGCCUCCGAUCGCGAUUGGACAGGUACGGUGGAGCGCUGGACGAAGCUGGGGGAGAGGAGCAGGAGCCGCCGCCGGUCGAGUAUACGUGUCCGUACUGCGCCGAGGAUUUCGACAUCCUGGGGCUGUACUGCCAUAUGGACGAGGAGCAUCCCAUUGCGGUGAAAGCCGGGAUAUGCCCGGUUUGUGCAAAAAAGGUGGGGCAGGAGAUUGUAGCCCACAUUACCAUUCAACAUGGUAAUGAAUUCAAGGUGCAGCGCAAAAGGAGGCAUCGCAAGGGAGGCUUCAGUUCGACAUUUUCUGCAUUGAAGAAUGAAUUCCGGGAGGGACAUCUGCAAUCUCAUCAUGGAGGGUCUUCGCGCACAUCCUUGCCUGAACCUGAUCUACUUUUAUCAUCGUUCAUGUUUAACCCUGUACCCGAUGCACCUACAGAUGCAAAGCUGGGUUCUUCUGAAGGAACCACAGUUAACGUUUUGUGUGAGCAACCUUCGGAAAGUAAUGCCCAGAAAUCCCUGAUACCCAAGAAGGAUCAAAAAGGGGAGGAUCAGAAGUGUGAGUUUGUGCAAGGGCUCAUGUUUUCGCUAAUUCUUGAUGAUGAUUUAUAGUUAGUGGCAGAGGAGAGAAAUGGUCAGUGACUGAAGAACCGAUUAUGUACAAGAGAGCAAUUUGGCCUUAAUGCUCAUUAAAAUGGCUUAGAGAGAGAGAGGUGAAGCCUACUAUGUACGGGACAAGGUGUUUAGCGUCUAUAGAAAUUUAGACUGAAUAAUUGCAAUUGGGUCCAUUUCUAUCAGUUUAAUGUUGAACAGUCUCAAAAACGUCUGCAGUAUGCAACUGCACAUUAAGGUUGCA